AUCCGACCAGGGAUGAGGAUUCUGUGCGCUUUGGGACUCUUUGUGGUCCUGCUGCACCUGUCCACCUCUCUCCUCCUGGGAGCCUUCAACAUCCAGUCGUUUGGGGACAAGAAGUCCUCCAACACAACUCUGAUGGACAUCAUCAGCACGAUUGUCCAUCGCUAUGAUAUCAUUCUGAUCCAGGAAGUCAGAGACUACGAUUUGUCAGCAACCAAAAGACUCAUGGAUCAUGUGAACAAAGGUUCCUCGCAGUUCAAUUAUGUUGUCAGUGAGCCUCUGGGCCGCAGCACCUACAAGGAGAGAUACCUCUUUCUCUACAGCUGUGGAGAACUUUGCUCUGAUCCCUCAGCACACCUCUCCAGACUAUGCUGUGGUGGAGAUAGAUGCUCUGUAUGAUGUGGUGACCGACGUCCGCAACCGCUGGAACACCAAUGACGUAGUGCUGCUGGGCGACUUCAACUCAGGAUGUAACUACGUGAUGGGUUCUGACUGGGAACAGAUCCGCCUCUUCACUGACAAGAGCUUCCACUGGCUGAUCCCAGAUAAUGCUGACACCACAGUGUCUCACACUAACUGCCCCUAUGACAGGAUCGUGGUCACAGCUGACAUGUUGAAAGGGGUGGUCCAUGGCAGCYCAGUGGUUUAUGACUUCAUGGCAGACCUGAAUCUCAGCCAGAGUUUGGCGUUGGCUGUUAGUGACCAUUUCCCUGUGGAGGUGAAGCUGAUGAGUUAAGCUCCUGCAGCCCGAAUCAUGUAUUCAAGUAACAGGAUUCACACUAAACUUGAAUCCAAAAUAAAUGCAUUCCACUUGAAACCACUGACCUUUGUUUGUGGCCAUUUGUGCUGUACUAAGUAAUUCUCAGGUAUGGGAACACAGAAG